GGAAAUUGUCAAGUCAACAUCGCAUCGCAUCGACGUAGAUAAAAAUAAAACCCCUCGAGACUCUUUCAGUCCAGACCGAUGACUAUCGUCAGUUGAACCUUGCUGGGCAUCAUGAAGUGGCUGGACUUUUUCUUUCUAGUUUUUCUCUGCGCCUCUUCGGCUACCGAAAUCGAACCAGGAGAUCCCGAGGAUAUUGGACCUGAUGCUCCUCAAGGAACGGCACCCCCGACAGAGACUCCCGACCUCCCCGAAGUGACCAAGACUGAAUUGGCUCUGGAUGCUCGGAUUCGUCAGCUAUUGGAGCAUUUCAAACAAGAUGAUCCACUGGGCAUACCGGGAGUACCCAUCCCAGAUCCGAUGCCCAUUCCCGAUUUCGAAGGUGAAUUUCCGGCGGCUAAAAUAAAAUUUUCUGAAGCUGAACUCCAUCAGCUUUCCCAAUUUCGAAUCAACUAUGUCAGAACCGACCUAAAAGAUUUAAAGGUGUGGAUUGGAAUGACUUUUGAUAGUCUCCAAGUAAUCGGUCGCUAUCGCAUGAGUUCCUGGUUUAGUACCUCGUCCGGUGACUUCAACGUCACUCUGAUUAGCGUCCAAGCCCAGGGAUUUGCAGGGUUAGUGGUCGACUCUGAAGGUUUGAUGCAAGCAACCAACAUCACCUUCGACGUUGGCUUUAAAGACAUUACUAUGAAAUUCGAGAAUUUAGGAUUUUUCGGUAGUCUGUUCCAGGGAAUCAUCAAUUCUGUUGGCACCUUCAUCUUUGAUUCCAUCAAGCCUUUGAUUUUGAAUCAAAUCAACGAUCAAGUUCAAACCAACGUCAAUACCCAGAUGAGAAAAUUCGAUCAGAUUCUGCCAGAUUCUGUGACACCUUUGGACAUGGCAAUCGCUGUAGGACGUACCCAAAUCCAAGACGGUGGAAUGGAUCCGUUUUCUAUUCCAGAAUACACUAAUAUGCUGGGUACGGGAGUGGUUGUUAAAAUCUUCAACGGAACUUUGCAUGGGCUUUCAACCAUACACAGAACUGGAGAUGUAACCUUCAACUAUGAGAAUGGAUCCCUUGUGGUUGGUGCCCAAGCAGCUACUCAACGCCUCAAAGGACAUUUCAAUUGGCAGCUAGAUUUUAAAGUUUUUGCUCCUAAAGGUAAAAUAAGCCUUCAGAUUGAACACCUUGAAGUCAAAAUAGGUCUGAGUCAACCAGUCAAUGUUCAAAAGAAACCAAAGUUGGAAGUCUUGCAAGUUAACCUUGGAAACAUUCAGGCCCAAUCGACUGGUACAGGCUCAGUGGACUACCUCAUUGAAUUUGCUGUCAACUUCUUACUCAAUGGUUUCAGAAGUGUUGUCCUGAGAACCAUGGAAAAACCUGUUACACUUAUCAUCCAGAAAGAGCUGGACAAAAUAGACGUUGAGGCUAUGAUUGAAGAGCAAUUGCUAAAAUUAAAUGAUUCAAAAAAUGACUUAUAAAACUAACAUCCUAACGUAAAGGUAGAUAUUGUGAAUGAAAACAUUCUACAUACCUGGAUCAGAUGCCAUUGCCGAAUUCUCCAUUUAUAAAACGAGAAAACCUAUAAAGUAAGAAAAGAAGUUUUUGUUAGAAUCAAUGUUAAUCGACGGAUAGAAUGUCUUGGUGCCCCUAAUGCUACUUUACAUUUUUUUAUACACUAAGUUACCUUAAUAAACGAUGAAGAAAUAAA